GCAGCCUCAGUGUACUCAGGAGUGUUCACACAGAUCUUUAGAGAGGAGAAAGGCCUGUACCAGGACAAGGUCUACUGCUUCAUCCAUCUGAGUGUUCAGGAGUUUCUGGCUGCUCUUCAUGUCCACCUGACCUUCAUCAAAUCUGGAACCAACCUCAUGAAACAAAAGAGAAAAUCCAAAAUCUUUAAACUAAAACAAAGUAUUUCUUUCAAGUUCUACCAGAGUGCUGUGAAGAAGGCCUUAAAGAGUCCAAACGGACACCUGGACUUGUUCCUCCGCUUCCUCCUGGGUCUUUCACUGCAGACCAAUCAGAGUCUCCUACGAGGUCUGCUGACUCAGACAGGAAAUAGCUCACAGUCCAAUCAGGAAACAGUCCAGUUCAUCAAGAAGAAGAUCAGUGAGGAUCUGUCUGCAGAGAAAAGCAUCAACCUGUUCCACUGUCUGAAUGAACUGAAUGAUGGUUCUCUAGUGAAGGAGAUCCAACAGUUCCUGAGAUCAGGACAUCUCUCCACAGAUAAACUGUCUCCUGCUCAGUGGUCUGCUCUGGUCUUCAUCUUACUGUCAUCAGAAGAAUAUCUGGAAGAGUUUGACCUGCAGAAAUACUCUGGUUCAGAGGAGGGUCUUCUGAGGCUGCUGCCAGUGAUCAAAGCCUCCAACAAAGCUCUACUGAGUCACUGUAACCUGUCAGAGAGAAGCUGUGCAGCUCUGUCUUCAGUUCUCAGCUCUCAGUCCUCCAGACUCAGAGUUCUGGACCUGAGUUACAACGACCUGCAGGAUUCAGGAGUGAAGCUGCUGUCUGCUGGACUGGAGAGUCCACACUGUAAACUGGAGACUCUCAG